AUGAAUAGUGAAGAUUUUUAAGUAAGCAAAUAAUCAUUGACAUAUCUAAUCUACAGAGGAUAACCAUAAUUUUAGUUGUUUUAGGAAUUCAAAAAGUUAAUCUCAGAAUCUCCAGAGAUAUAAGCCUAAAUUAACCAUAGUUCUCAAAAUUUAAAUGAAUAGCAUAUUUUAGAUAUUGCUUAAGUAGAUAAAUUAACUAAAUUUAUUUAAAGCAAAGGUGGUUUAUAUUAAGCAGAAUCUUACGUUUAAUACUUUGGGGAUUUAGUUUCUCCUAAUGUUCAAAGAUUCUUUUAGAUUCAAUUGUUAAAUCUAAGGAUCUUAAAAACAAUCACUCCAAAUAAAGAAUUUCAGAAUUUACUAGUUUAAGCUAAUACCUUAAAAGUGUCACUUUCAUUGUUAUCAAAUGAAUAAGAAUUUACAGGAUCACUGUAAAUGACUGAAAUAUCAACAACAAUAUAAUUUGAUAAUAAUUAAGCUACAUUAUAUAGUAAAGAAGGAAUAUAUAAAAUUGGUAAUAAUUAUUAAGGUAAAUUUGGAACGCAUGCUUUAGUUACUUGUAAGAAUUAAGAUAAAGUUUAUUUGGCAUUGAUAUAAUUAAAAGAUAAUAAAGUCAAAGAGAAAUGGUUAGGUAAAAGUAUUUCAAUAUAUUAAAAUUAUGCUAUAUAAUUUGAAGGUUCAAAAGUUAUGAAAUACAUUGAAUUAAGUUAAGAUGAUUAAGAAGUUAUUGAAUAAUGGGAAUCUUAUCAAGGAUUUGAAGAUGUUUAAAUUGCACUAAGAGAAAUAAUGAGAUUGUCAGAUAUUUGUUAUAAAUAUUGUUCAAUGAGAAAGUAAUUCAGAACUACAGAAGAUAAGACUGAAAGACCAAUUUUAACUUAUUAAGUUACAAUUACACGAUUAAUUAAUGCAAUUUCAUUUGCUUUAAUGUUUUAUAUCAGUACUUAAGAGGCUAGAAAAGAAUUUUAAUAAGAUAUUAUUACAAAAAAGGCAAAAAGAAAAUUAAGUAAAAAAUUUAUUGAUUUCUUUUCUCUUUAUAUUACUGAGCAUUGUGUAUAUAUGGCAGAAUAAUUAAGAGAUGUAUUUGGAGGGUUUGGAUUUCUUAGAAUUUCUGGAGUUCCUUAAAUAUAAGAAAAACUCAUAUGGUUAUCUUCUUUUUAUAAGAAUAAUAGGAUAUAAAAAUAAACAGAUUAUUUAAAUACUAUUUUAGAUAUUGAAAAAGUAUUUAUAUAUUAAAUUCUUAGAAUAAAUAAGUUGUACUUUAUUAUUUAGGAUAAUAUUUUAUGGGAGAUCCAGUUUCUAUGUUCUCAGAACUUGGACCUUUAACUUAAAGUAAUGUAGGUAAUCCAUUUCAUGUAUUUGGUUAUCAUGUUGCAAAAAUAAAAGAGAAAUUAUUAUAACAAGAGCAUCUAAAAUAUUCAUAUUCAGCCUAUUAGUUUUCCUAAUUAACUUUUGAAUUAUUUGCUUCUUAAAAAUUCUUUUCAUUACUUGCAUUUAGAAGAUAUCGAGCUUCUAAUUUUAUUUUAGAUAGAUUACUAUUAAAUUAAAAUUUCAUAUCAUUAUCUUUAAUGGAAACUAAUUAAAAUAAUAUCAAUUUAAUAAAAUAACAAAUCACUUAAAAUGGAUAAGAAUUGUUGACAGUCUUAAAUUUGUUAAUUGAUUCUUAUGAGUUUGAACAUAAUGGAAUCUUAUUAGGCUAAAAUGAUUAGGAUAAGUUUUAUCAAAAAGUAUUUAUAGAUAAAAUAUUUUUUAGUUAAUUCAUGCUAGCAAGAAUGAAAAUAAUAGAAAUAUAGAAUAAGUUGUAAAUGAGAUCAGAAAGCCAGUUUUAGAUUUAUUCAAUAGACCAACAUUAUGA